GGCCCACCUGGGGCCCUCCUAGUGGUCAUCAGACGUGGGCAGGUUUGGACACCUUUCGAGGGGUGAGGUGGGAGCAGAAGGUACACACCCCAUUACUCACACUCCUCACCCACUCGGAAGUAGGGACGCCAUCCCUUAGCUAAUCACCAUCCUCUUGCUCCUUAACUGAGCUUGUAUUGACUCGUGAAGAGCAGGAGGUGCCAGGGAGACACCUGGAAUUGAACUGAUUUCUGGUCAAGACCCUAAACAAUCGUACUAACCUCUGGGCAGAAGCCUAGAACACAUAUAGGCCAAAAGGCUGUCUUUCCUCUUCUCCCUGAUGCUUUUACUCGUGAGACAGCCGUCCACUUCCCUCCCAUCUUCCCUGACGGAGGUUCCCCCGAGCCAGGGGGUCGGCGGAUGCUGAAGGCAGAGGACCCCGUGGCGGCAUUGUGUGUGUGACGCUGGGGGCUGAUAGUGCUCAGAGCGCGGUGUCCACCGGCCCGGGCUGCGUGGAGACCGCGUCACAUCCUCCGCAGGUGAAUCAACUUGCACAGGUCGGGGUUGCCCUGGUCCCUCCCCAGGCAAACAAGACACCGACCGGGCCCGAUGGACCGAGCGCGUCGGUUUGGGUAGUGUGUAUCGUUUGGAACCAGUGAGAAUCUGCUUUCCUUCCGAAACAGUCACUAGUGGGCCAGUAGCGGGGCAGAGAGAGGUCAGUCCUCGCUUCCCACCCGCACUCGGUCUGCGAAGAGCACCUCUCCGGUCUUAGGAAGCUUUGCGAGGGCCGGAUGCGGCCACGAGGGUGGGGAGGUUACGGUGCGCCAAGACAUGGCACAUCGCCCCUUCCCUCCCGGGGCCCUGGAAAAGCGGCCCCGCAGACCCAGGCUGCAGGCGAGGUACGGGCAGAACCAACAGGUUACUCCGCGGGCUCCGGGCGCUUCUCUGCAGCGAGGGCGUGGCUUACUGGAGUGGGCGUGGCUUACCGGACUGGGCGGGCCCGCGCACGCGCCGCGUCUGGGCGUCGGGGUUCCGGAAAUGUGACUGAGACACGAGAUGGAGAAGUACGAGCGGAUCCGAGUGGUGGGAAGAGGUGCCUUCGGGUGACCUCUUAGUCCCCUCUCUGAAGUCUAGUCACCGCCCAGUCACCAGGCCUUCCCAGCUUGCUGUGUGGCUGGAGGCUAAGCUGGCACCCACUGCUGUGCUCUGCGUCCGUCCCCAGGAUUGUGCACCUGUGCCUGCGCAAGGCAGACCAGAAGCUGGUGAUCAUCAAGCAGAUCCCCGUGGAGCAGAUGACCAAGGAAGAGCGGCAGGCAGCCCAGAAUGAGUGUCAGGUCCUUAAGCUGCUCAACCAUCCCAAUGUCAUUGAGUACUAUGAGAACUUCCUGGAGGACAAGGCCCUCAUGAUUGCCAUGGAGUAUGCACCAGGCGGCACCCUGGCUGAGUUCAUCCAAAAGCGCUGUAAUUCCCUGCUGGAGGAGGAGACCAUCCUGCACUUCUUUGUGCAGAUCCUGCUGGCGCUUCAUCAUGUGCACACCCAUCUCAUCUUGCACCGGGACCUCAAGACCCAAAACAUCCUUCUUGACAAACAUCGCAUGGUCGUCAAGAUUGGCGACUUUGGCAUCUCCAAGAUCCUUAGCAGCAAGAGCAAGGCCUACACGGUGGUGGGUACGCCAUGCUACAUUUCCCCUGAACUGUGUGAGGGCAAGCCCUACAACCAGAAGAGCGACAUCUGGGCCCUGGGCUGCGUCCUCUAUGAGCUGGCCAGCCUCAAGAGGGCCUUUGAGGCUGCGAACCUGCCAGCGCUGGUGCUGAAGAUCAUGAGUGGCACCUUUGCACCCAUCUCUGACCGGUACAGCCCUGAGCUGCGCCAGCUGGUCCUGAGUCUGCUCAGCCUGGAGCCAGCACAGCGGCCACCGCUGAGCCACAUCAUGGCGCAGCCCCUCUGCAUGCGUGCCCUCCUCAACCUCCACACGGACUUGGGCAGCGUGCGAAUGCGGAGGGCAGAGAAGUCCCUGGCCACUGGGCCACCCAUAGCCCCAGGCAGCACAGGGAGCAGGAUCACCAGUGCCCGCUGCAGGGGCAUCCCCCGGGGACCUUCGCGGCCAGCCAUUCCACCACCUCUGUCAUCCGUGUACACAUGGGGCGGGGGGCUCAGUGCUCCUCUGCGGCUGCCAAUGCUCAACACGGAGGUGGUUCAGGUGGCCGCCGGGCGCACACAGAAGGCUGGCGUCACACGCUCUGGGCGCCUCAUCCUGUGGGAGGCCCCACCCCUAGGUGGCGGAGGGGGCGCCCUCCUUCCCGGGGCAGUGGAGCAGCAGCAGCCCCAGUUCGUCUCCCGUUUCCUGGAAGGCCAGUCAGGUGUGACCAUCAAGCAUGUGGCCUGCGGGGACCUCUUCACAGCUUGCCUGACGGACCGAGGUAUCAUCAUGACCUUUGGCAGCGGCAGCAAUGGGUGCCUAGGCCAUGGCAGCCUCAAUGACAUCAGCCAGCCCACCAUCGUGGAGGCCCUGCUGGGUUAUGAGAUGGUGCAGGUGGCCUGUGGGGCCUCUCAUGUGCUGGCUCUGUCCACGGAGCGAGAACUGUUUGCCUGGGGCCGCGGAGAUGGUGGCCGGCUGGGACUAGGCACCAGGGAGUCCUACAACUGCCCCCAGCAGGUGCCCAUGCCCCCAGGACAGGAAGCCCAGCGGGUUGUAUGUGGCAUUGACUCCUCCAUGAUCCUCACUGUGCCUGGCCGAGUCCUGGCCUGCGGGAGCAACAGGUUCAACAAGUUGGGCCUGGACCACCUCUCCCUGGGGGAGGAGCCUGCCCCCCACCAGCAAGUGGAGGAGGUGCUGAGCUUCACACCACUGUGCUCUGCACCCCUGGACCAGGAGACGCUGCUGAGUGUGGACCUAGGUACUGCUCAUUCAGCUGCUGUGACUGCCUCUGGGGACUGCUAUACUUUCGGCAGCAAUCAGCACGGUCAAUUGGGUACCAAUGCUCGCCGGGUCAGCCGGGCACCUUGUCAAGUGCAAGGCCUCCAGGGCAUCAAGAUAGCAAUGGUGGCCUGUGGGGAUGCCUUCACUGUAGCCAUUGGGGCAGAAGGUGAGGUAUACUCUUGGGGCAAAGGGGCCCGAGGUCGACUUGGAAGGAGGGAUGAGGAUGCUGGACUCCCUCGUCCAGUGCAGCUAGAUGAGACACAUCCCUACACAGUGACUUCUGUGUCCUGUUGCCAUGGAAACACUCUCCUGGCUGUACGACCCGUCACCGAUGAGCCAGUCCCCCCGUGAGGUACCUGGAUACACCUCUGGACCACCCCAUAUUGCUUCUCUGAAUGUUCUUGGAAAGCACAGGUGCCUGAAGCAUGACUGUCUCCAUCCAGGCCCCCCGGAUUAUGUCCAAUGGGGUGUAAGAACUGAUGAAGCAAGCCCUGUGCUGCUUUUGGCCCUGGAUAUGUAAAACUGAACCCACCCUAUUCCCCUAACACUUCUCUCUUCCCUCCCACCCCUUCUUCUCUUAAGUCAAUGCCCUCAGGGCCCAGCUUGCCUUGAGUUGGAAGCCAGAUCUAACCCUUGGAAGCAGGGUGGUCUUCAGAGACUUGACAGGAAAAGGCUGGAGGUGGGUGUGGCUCCACCCAGACCCUGCUCCUCCUCCAGCCUGGUUAGAAAAUGCAUCCCUGGUGCCCAGUGGGACAGCAGUUCAGUGCUUUGGAGCAGGUCAAGGUGGAGCCUGCUUGGAGGGCCAUUCCAGUGGUCAUUCCAGCGGCCUAGCCUGUGCAUUGCCUGGGGCAGGGAGGUCUGGGGGAGCUGCUCUCACCCCCCCACCCCCCGCCAUUCCUCCGAAACAGGUUGGGGGAUAGGUAACUGGCUGGACCAGACCAGUUUCCAGAUGACUGGAAGCAGUGCCAAUAAAAACAUCAGCUGCCUGCCUGCCUAG